AUGUGGAAUCAACUAUUUGCAUUAUUAGUACUGUUAUCCAUCCUGGGACCAGCAGGAUGUCUUCAGGCCAAUCUAAACGCUCUGAUGAAAGGCACACUGGAGCAAAUAAGCAUACAAGGUAUAACAGGUCCACAGCCAAGACCGGGACAAAUUCCAGGAGUAAGACCAGGAGUUAUACCAGGAAUAAGACCAGGAAACCUAGUUGACAUAAACUCAAUCGGGAACAUUGCAAUCUCUGGAAUUUCAAAAAUAGACGUAACCCCAAAAGCGCCUUCAAGAAAGGUUAUAGAAACAGCAUUAAAGACAGCUACCGUACAAGUCAGGAAAGAUGAUAGGACGGAACAAUCAUUGAGAAAAUUUGAUACACCAGAUAUCCAGACAGAAGGUUUCGGUCCACAUCUACUAACUAGUCUCGAAGCCAUAGAAAUAAGUGAAAAUGCACAGGUCAUGAUAGAAACUGCAAAGAAUGCCGUGGAAAAGUUAACAAUUGAUAAAAGCCAGCGUAGAAAGGUCUUGGAGCAGAUACCAAAAAGUGUUCUUAACAAAAUAAAGACACAAACACGUUGUCCUUUUGGAGCAGUACAAUGUGAUCCGACGAAUAAAUAUAGAACACCUGACGGUUCAUGUAAUAACGUGGCUAACCCGUUAUGGGGGAAGUCCCAUACACCUUUUGAAAGGUUUAUACCAAGUUUUUAUGAGGAUGGUUUGGAUGAUCCAAGAGCCACUGAUGUAUUUGGUGACCCCCUCCCUCUAGCCAGAGACAUCAGUGUUAAAGUUCACACUGUCAGCGACUCAACAACUCAGAUGAACGAUUUGAGUCAUUUCAGUAUGGAGUUUGGGCAGUUUGUCAGUCAUGAUAUACAGAUGAAUGCAUUGUCAAAAGGACGAUAUUUGUCUAAUCUAAACUGCUGUGAGUCUCCACAAAGGCGAAAUUGUUUUCCCAUUCCAUUGCCAACAAAUGAUCCAUUUUACAGUACCUUUAACAGAACUUGUAUGAACUUUGUAAGAGCACUCGGAUCAACCAAUUUGGAAUGCGAACUAGGACCACGACAACAAUUGAACAUGAAUACACAUUAUUUGGAUGGUUCAGCUGUGUAUGGUUCUAAUAAAGCUACUGCUGAUAGUCUCCGUGAAUUUAAUGGUGGUCGAUUGAAAACUUCUACCAACAAUCAGUUGCUUCCUAAAGACAUACCAAACAAAUCAUCCUGUAAAUUACCAGCAGGAAAUCCAAAUAUAAAGUGUUUUCUAGCAGGAGAUCCAAGAGUUAACCAACAACCAGCCUUGAUAGCAUUACAGACGAUAUGGAUGUUAGAACAUAAUCGUAUAGCUAAAACACUCGAGCAAAUGAAUGAUGAUUGGGUUGAGGAAAAAGUGUACCAAGAAACUAGAAAAAUUGUGAUAGCAAUGAUACAACACGUGACCUAUAAUGAAUAUUUACAGCAUAUCCUUGGUAACCAACAAAUGAUAGAUUUAGAUUUGAAACCGAUGCCUUCCGGAUAUUUUACUGGCUACGAUUCAACUACAAAACCUCAGAUUAGAAAUGGUUUCUCAGCUGCAGCCUUCAGAUUUGGUCAUAGCAUGGUCAGACAGAGAUUAGCAUAUAAUGGCCCGUUACACUCUAAUCAAAACCCCCUUUUACAUAAUGAAUUCUUAAAACCAGAUAAGAUAUAUGAUGCAAAUGGCGGAAUAAGUUCUGUAACAAGGGGUCUUUAUGGAGAAUUUUCUCAAAAGGUUGACAGGAAAAUGACCAAGGAACUAACAGAAAGGCUUUUUGAGAGAACACAUGGUUUUGGUGGUGACCUUGCAGCCGUUAAUGUACAGCGAGGAAGAGAUCACGGAAUAGCUAGUUAUAAUAUUUGGAGAAUGGUGUGUGAAUUGACGCCUGCCGAUGAUUUUACAGCUGGCGUAUUAGGAGGUUUAGAACACCAUUCGACAGCUGAAGCGCGGGCACUUGCAAAUACUUACAGUUCGCCAUGGGACAUCGACUUGUUUACCGGUGGUGUAUCAGAAACCCCAAUACCAGGAGGGAAAGUCGGACCUACUUUUGCCUGUAUGAUAGGAUUACAAUUUCGUGCCUUGAAAUUUGGUGAUCGAUUCUUUUACGAAAGUAAUACUGACGUUAAGUUUACUCCAACACAGCUGACAGAAAUUAAGAAGGUGACUAUGGCUAAAAUCAUUUGCGAAAAUACCAACAUCAACAGCAUUCCUUCGGACGUUUUCAGGAAGACUUCCGCCAGUAAUCCCGAGAUAAGUUGUUCUUCACUGCCGGAAUUGAAUCUUCAGAAAUGGAAGAACUGUGUUGAUGGUGGAUGGUCAAGUUUUGUAAAGAAAAACAGAUGUGUAAAAAUGAGAGUUUGUAACAAGCCUAAACCUAACAGCUGUGGGAAAAGGUGUGUAGGGUCACCAGUACAAUUCACUUGUCUAAAUAAUAUCAAAACACGCAAAAAUAGGAAACUACCUAAUAUCAGUGGACUGCCGAAUAUCAGAAGAAAAAAUAGAAGAGGUUGAUAUCCUUUAUGAAUGACAUUUAGAUGCUAGUUGUUAAAUUUAGUGCUUAGGAAACAUGAUCAGUCAUCAUGUCAAACGUAAACAAAAAGUAAAAUCACAAAAAUACUGAACUCAGAGGAAAAUCAAUUUGGAAAGUCCAUAAUCACAUGGCAAAAUAAAAACAAACAAAAAAAAACAAAAAAAAAAACGAAUGGACAAGAACUGUGUUCCUGACUUGGUACAGACAUUUUCAAAUGUAGGAAAUGGUGGAUUAAACCUGGUUCUAUAGCGCUAACCCUCUCACUUUAAUAACAGUCUCAUCAAAUUCCGCUUCAUUUACAUGAUGCGUUAAAUAAACAGUCACAAUUAAUAAAAUAGUCAAAAUAUGGGUACAUCAACCAUCAUCGUAUAACAAUUUUAAAAGGAACAAUUUAACAGGACACAAAAACAUCUACUACCUACGAACACAUGGAUUGAUUUGCGUGUGAUUUAAACAAAACAUACCCACAACACAACGAAAAAUUAACACCCAAUUCAAUAUUUAUACCGUGUCAUUGUUUGAUUUGGAACAUAACUUGUAUUUUUGCAUAAAGACACUGAAAAAAGAUAAAACAACUUGAGAAACAUACAAAAUGAUCAGUUUUACUUCUGUCACGGAUACAAAAAAAGGAACAAUUGUUUGCACCUGCCAGGAAUCUGAUGUUCAGAAGUUGUCGUUUUAAGUGGUCUAUAAGUGAUUCUCGUUUUUUAUAUACAUUUUACCGUUGGUUUUGCGGUGUUUGAAUGGUUUUACUAUUGUAAUUUUAUGUAACCCUUAAUAGCUUGCUGUUCGGUGUGAGCCAAGGCUCCGUGUUGAAGACCGCAUCUUGACCUAUAACGGUUUACUUUUAUAAACAGUGUCUUGGAUGGUGAGUUGUCUCAUUGACACUCAUUCGACAUCUUGUUAUAUCCAGAUAAGGUGUAUAGUAUCACUUGAUAUCAAGAAGAUAUGGGUGUUAUGGGCAGAGAAAAAUAGACGACAAUAGGUCAGCCAUUAUUUGUUAAAUGAUCAAUUACAUUAAAGUCAUUACAAAUGGUAUUGAAAAAAUGAUUUGAGCUGUUCUUUCUCAUGAUAGAAACUAUUUUAUAUUUAUCUGCUUAACAUCUAACGCUAUAAUAAAUUUUGCAUAUUAUUUUUUGUUUAGAUUAAUUUGGGCUGUUCUUUAUUUUGAUAGUUUUCUGAUUUGCAUCUUCCGUAUUUCUUUGUUCUUUGUUUUACUACUUUUAAUAUUAAAUUGAGAGUAAACAGUUGUUGCUGUACAUGUGCUGUUUCAGUUAUGAAUAAAACGAUGACUUUUUUAUAAUAUGUAUUCUUUCAUUUUGUGUAUAUUUAUAGUAAAACUGAGAAGCUAAUAAACAUAUCUAAAAUUAUAAA